AUGACCGAAGACGAAGAGCUGGAGGAGCUGCACAACAUGCUCGGGCGGCCCGACAUUCCGAAGACCCACCCUGUCGUGGCUCUACUGAAUAGGUACGUGAAGACGGAGACAUAAUAAGGCAGUCAAUCCAAGUGUGUGUACGUCUCCCCCUCUUUGGUGCUUAGAGGCGUGGAUGCUCACCUGGCUUGCGUCUGUGCGCCCGUGUGUGUGUGUGUAUCGUGCAGGCUGCUGCAGGUCAACCCAGCCGAGCGACUCAAGGCAGAUCAGGCCUUGUUGGACGACGCCUUCAUCGCGGCCCGUGCGCACGAGGCGGGUUAGUCAAUCAGCUUAUGGGCAACACUGAGCCACUCCCCACCGUAAGUGUAAGUGUGUCUCUGUCUUUCUGUGGCUGCUGGUGCUUUCCACAGCUCAAGCUGCUGCUGCCGCCGCUGCUGCCGCCCUCGCACUACAGUUGCCAGUGCAGCAGCCCCCUGCAGCCGCACCACAGCACCAGCCGCCUGCGGUCAAGAAGAGGCGCGUCAUUCCGAAGAGCUUUGCCAAGAAGGCCGCGCACAAGAAGGCAGGGAGGGUGGUCAAGAAGGACAUAGUCAAGAAGCCGAAGCCACCAGCCAAGGCCAAGUCAAAGUCCUGCCAGGCCAGCAAGAACAAGGCCAACAAACGUAUCGCACAGAAGCCGGGUGAGUGGAGGGGAAGGUGGUGCCACAAGUGCAAAGCUGGCAAUGGAUCAUUCUGCUGCUGUGAUGUGUGUCUGUCGUCUUCCCACAUUCAGUCAGCAGGCGUGUUCGCGAGGCGCCGUCUGCCCCGCAAGUACGCAACAUACCGCAAUUCACACCUCACCGUGAGUUCAUGUCUCUCCCUCUCUCUCUCUAUCUCUGUCUCUGUUUAGGGCGCUGCUGUUUGCGACACCAAGGCCAAGGCCAAGGUGCAGGCCAUGAGGGCCAAGGUGCAGGCCAAGAGCGGUGUGGCGAAGAAGCGCAUCGCUAACAAACCUACUGGUACACGCCGACGACACUGAGUGACGGGUGCGCUCAUAUGCCUUUCGAUCCUUCUGUGUGUGCCGUGUCUGUAGGGGUGGGUGGCAAACCCAAGGCCAAGGCCAAGACUCGUAGAUCCAAUCGCAAAGGUGAGUGACCAAAUACACACACACACCUCACCUGAAUCCAUUCACCGUGCCUCCCGUGUGCCCUCCUCAGCGAAGAGCGGCAAGGACGUCAAGAAACCCAUCCACAAGAAGCCGCCCGCCCCGCCAAAGGGCCGCAAGGCCGCCAGGAAAGCCAACAGUGCCGCAGCGGCAGGCACUUCCACGCCACGCGACGCCACGAAGAAGCCACCCAAGAAGCAUCAGCCCAAGAAGCCCACCAAGCCGGCCGCACCCGCACCCGCCGCCGCACCGCCCCAGCAGCAACAGAAUCGUAAGAAGCGCAAGGCGGGAGGCCAGCAGCCGGAGGGGGACAAUCGAGGCGGCAAGGUGGCGAGGCAGGGCGUGAUGACGCGGGCCAUGUGCCGGAGCCAGGCCGCCUCGUCCACCCAGCACUGA